CUGAUUCAUUUAUCACGAGUCGGUGGCAGAGGCGUGAAUCAUCACGUUCGUAAUAUUUUGUGUUCUGUUCUUGUUUAAGAAUAAUUUGAACCUGAGUUUCAGCUGUCAAAUUGAUCUGUACAUUAGGUCAGUAAAGAAUAGAGCUCGAGUCUCGAGAUGGCAAGGGUCGAGCAGGUCGUAUAUUCCAUCUUGGAAUUCCUGGAGGAUCAGAUCAAGGGCGACACACUCGGAGAAGAAGCGGCCGAAAGCAUCGAAGUUGCAGCGCAGUGUUUGGAGACCGCUUAUGGCAUCAACACAAGGGACGAUGAAGCUCUCAGACCAGAUCGUUCACUGCUGCAGAUCUUCAGCACGGUGUAUGGAACGCAGGAUGCUGGGGGUAGAACUGACCCAUAUAUGGAACCGGAUACCUCUCGUCCAGCUGCACCGGACGUGUGUUCAGCCACCCCGACAACCGGGGCUCAGCCUACAGCAGAGGACAAACGGAAGGCCGAAGACUUCAAAAAUCAGGGCAAUGAGCUGAUGAAACGGGAGAGGUACAGCGAAGCCGUCGAGUGCUACACCAAGUCGGUCAGCCUGGACGCCACCAACGCCGUCUACUACAGCAACAGAGCUGCUGCCUACAGCAAGCUAGACAACCACAAGAGGGCGCUGGAGGACUGCGAUAGGGCCAUCAAGAUCGACCCCAAUUACAGCAAAGCCUACGGCCGAAUGGGGCUUGCAUUCACACAUCUGAAUGACCUACGCCGGGCGAAAGACGCCUACGCCAAGGCAGUGGAGCUCGAGCCAGACAAUGACAGCUACCAGACGAACCUCCGCAUCGCCGAGAAGAAACUCAAAGAUGCCAACCUGGGGGGAGGUGGCGCACCCAACUUGGGCCCAGGUCUGGGCGGUAUGGACCUCGGAUCAUUCCUCAACAACCCAGCACUCAUGAAUGCGGCAUCAACGUUAUUACAGAAUCCCCAGAUGCAAAACAUGAUGAGCUCCCUGAUGGGGCAAGCCAUGCAGCCGGAAGGCAACCAAAACCAAGACCAGCAAGCCAGCAUGGCAAACCUCCUACAAGUCGGGCAGCAAAUAGCCAGCCAGAUCCAGCAGCAGAACCCAGACCUUGUCCAGCAGAUCCAAGGGAUGCGCAACCGACAAAACCAGCCAGGGGGCGGAGGCGGGGCCGGCCCACAAUCAGAAGGCAGUCCAGAGCCGCCCACAAGUUAAUAAUUUUUCUGUAAUCAUUUCCUACGUUUAGAAUCGGGCGUCACGUGACGACAAUAAAGUGUGAAUUUAUUUUGAAUGAGAUGAAAACAAACGUUCCACUCAGCCAAACUAUGUUUGCUUAAUUGGCUUUAGUCUGCUAGGCUCUUUCAGGAGAACUUUCUCCACAUCCAUAGCAGCAGGACAGAGGUAAGAGACAAAUGUGAACAGCUUACAGGCAAAUUGUUUCCGUUUUUUUAAAAAUGCAACUCGAAACGAAUCUUCAUUUUCCUACAUGAAUAUCUUGUACAAAACAGCCGAGAAAGAAACAACUUAAGGCCCCUACACCUGCUUGGCAACGUUCUGCCUUUGUAGCGUGGCUGUGGCACAGUGGAAGAACAGCAAAUGGUGCCCCUUGCCUCUGGAAAGAAAAUUCUGUUUAGACAAGUACAUGUACACCAAACACGAUAAAUUCCCCUGGCCUGCGCAUCCACCAUCGUGUCCAUGCCUUUAAAAUCAGUGUUGCCGUCGAGACCAUCGCGUGACCAAGCCCAAGUAACAGGUUGAACAAUGAUAAAGGAAUGUUUUUCUUGCAGUUCAUUUUUUGAAUAGCUUCUGACUUGCAUUCAGACUGGCAGUCGUGUGGUCUUGUGAAGGACGUAAGUGGUCUCGACUACAGCACUGCUUAAAUGCGCUCAGCGUUUAGCUCUGUCACCCCUUUUGGAGUUGGGAGGAAUUUCUUUUAAGCGGCAUGGCGACUUUGGCCACAGCAGCGUGUACUGGGGCAGGUCAGAGAGCUUUCUGUCUGCUUAACUCUAUUGAUAACUACUCAGAUUUAGCAUUUCACCACUUGGAUUUAGUCUUAGUUUGCUAUCCCAGCCUACAUUUUGGCCGGAAACUUGCGAGAGAUUUUCUGGCUCUGAUAACCUUAAGCCGUGUUCUCACAGCAAUGGACCCUCUACUCUGGAAGAGUUGCCUGCGUACAAGCCAGACUACUUGGUACGCUUGUGAAACACAAAAUCUGCAGAGAAUUGUCUGCUUUGCACGGCCCAGUGAUAGGCCUUUUUCUGCUCUCAGAAAAUUGUUUACACGGCCUGAACCCAACCGCACUACCCCAUAGCAGGAUGAUGUCGAGGACUCUCUCGUAGAGAAGGAAGAUUUGGUCAUUGCAUUUGACAGAAUCAUGUUACUUGCCACUUGCAGUUCAAGAGGUUACUUUCUUGUGUCACGUUAGAAAAUAUAUCUGAGCCUUGUGUUACGUAAGAAAAAUGUCUGAGCAACCAAUAUUUUAGCUGAUGUCUUUUUGUUGCAAGCUUCAUGUUGUGAAAAAAAAAAAGGUUGGUUUGAAUCAGUCACUGUGACAAGUCUUUCUGCUCAAAAACUUCAGCCACAGGAUUUGUAUAACUGAUCAUUAGAUUGUUGUAACUCUUGGUUUUGUAUUCACGUUACAUAUUUUUCCUUUCUUGUCCAGAAAAAAUACCAAUGAAACGCAUUGCUCUAAAAAAGUUUGCCGUAAAUUGGGAUGUUGAAUUUGAUUUUUAAUUCCAAAUCAGUUUUUCAGUGAACAUUAAGAUUCUGACAUUAUUUGGAAAGACUCUGCCCUUCUGUGACAUGGUGGCAAUUUGAAAUCUAAUCUCUCACUAAGUUGGUAGAUACUGGAAAAAAGCUUAGUGUAAAAAAACUUCUGAAAGGCCGCUAUUUUGGUACGUAGGCAAAAUCUGUGAAUUGCUUUGGAACAUGCCAACAUUGAAACAUGCUACACGUGUAAAUUUGUUGACCUUAUGUUAGCCUUGUCCAAAGGCGGUCUGGACGCUUUUUUGUCGAGGGGAGAUUAUCGAGCCUCACGGCAAACAAGCCACCGUGUACUAUCACGGCACACUAACCCCCGUACAAGUAGUACUACCGUAAACCCACAGAGCAGGCUAUGCCCACAGACACAACGUACACGUACAGUACAGCAUACAUGUACAUGUACAUAGUGUAAUGCAUUCAUGUACGUCAUGCAUGGCCCGUUGAGUUGAAAGACCGCCAUGUUAGGUCUCAGUCCGUCACUUCCAGGAUUGAUGUCUUUAUUUUUUCAUCCAGUUUUGCAGUGCACGCACCGUAUACACACACUAGGCCAGAUUUACCCAAUGCCUCAGUCAAGAUUAACCUUACACGAGCGUUUUGUAUACUACUUGAUACAUUCUUUUGUCAUAAUAUCAGUUUUAUUUUAAUUUGUUGGUGUAAAGUUUAAUGAAAACUCAAUAAAAUACUGAGAAUUCGAAUACUGA